GAGUAUUCGCUGCUUGCUCGAUAUAACGAAAGAAAGCAUGAAACAAGCCGGCGCAGUCUUUCUCGCCUUGCUGUCUAGCGCCAGCGCGUUCGUCCCCUCAGUCCAUUCGGUGUCAUCGGCUGGAAGUGCCCUUUUCUCCUCGGCGGACGAUAAGACCGAGGUCCGCGAAUACUUCAACACGGAAGGCUUCAGUCGGUGGAACAAAAUUUAUUCCGACACAGACGAUGUGAACUCUGUACAGAUGGACAUUCGCAACGGCCACGACCAGACCAUUCAAAAGAUCCUCAAGUGGAUUGCGGCGGACGGCGAUAUUGACGGCAAAUCGGUCUGCGACUGUGGCUGCGGCGUCGGCAGCUUGGCUAUUCCUCUGGCACAAAUGGGCGCCAAGGUGUCGGCUUCGGAUAUUUCCGACGCCAUGUCAACUGAAGCUGCUCGCCGGGCCGGGGAACUUGGUGUCAAGGCCGACUUUUACACGUCCGAUUUGGAAUCGGUCUCCGGCAAAUACCACACCGUGACCUGCGUUGACGUGGCCAUUCAUUACCCCGACGAUAAAUUCAAAGAGAUGGUCACUCAUCUCUGUAGCUUGGCGGAAGACCGUGUAUUGAUCAGUUUUGCGCCCAAGACGUGGUACUACGUUUUUUUGAAAAAGAUUGGAGAGCUUUUCCCGGGACCCUCCAAAACAACCAGAGCCUACUUGCAUGAAGAAUCCAUUGUCCGUGAAGCGCUCCAACAGGCUGGCUUUGAGGUUGCGCGGGAUGAAAUGACGGCUACUAAUUUUUACUUCUCGCGACUUUUGGAAGCCAAACGUGUGUAAUCAAGCAAGCUAUACGAGACACUUU